AUGGCGCGUGGCAAUGCCCGUGAGAUUGCUCGUGCCAAGAACCAGAAGAAGCAGGCUGAGCAAAACAAGGGAAAACCGAACGACAGCGGCAUGACUCUUGCGCAGCGACGAGAGCGUGACGCAGCCGCCCUUCGUGCGAAACAGGAGGCGGCAGCAGCGAAGAAGGCAGGCCAAAAUGCGUAG